GAAUUCAAAUAAGACAAAAUGGCAACCAUUAUAGACCAAAUAUGGAAGCUGAACAUAUGAGUGUGUAACUGAGUAGUUCACAUAUAACCCAUAACGUUAUUCUAAUAAUUUUGAAUUUAGAGCUUGAUAUUUGUUAAUUUCACAAAGAUGGAGAAUUGGUUAAAUAAGAAUUUAUCUGAUAUCCUAGAUUUUCCAGUGACGAAUGAGUUAACAAAAUUAAUCAUAGAAAUGCAGAAUGAAAGAGACCUGGAUGAGUAUUUGAAAUCCCUUUUAGAUUAUAGCAAUCCAAAGCAUAGACAGUUUAUUGCAGAGGUGAAGAAACGGCAUGCAUCGAAUAAGGGUCAAACUGGAUAUAAAAAAGUAAGCGACACAGAUGAUAGAAAAAAGAAACAAAAUAAAAAGAAGAGGGGAAAAUCAAAAACUGAAGAAGAGCAAGAAAGUAAACAGGCACAAGAAAUUGUUAAAGUGGAAAAGGCAGAGAAACAAAAAACUAAAUUUGUUAAUUUAUAUACACAAGAAGGGAAUGAUAGAGUAAUUCUAUUAAAAGGCAGACAUAAAUGUGAUUGUGAAGCAAGAAGGCAUGCAUUGAUUAAUAAUUGUCAGAACUGUGGUAGAAUAGUUUGCACACAAGAAGGAGCUGGUUCAUGUUUCUUUUGUGGAGAACUUGUAUGUUCUCCAAAGGAUCAGAGCAUUCUUUCUAGCAACACCAAACAGGGUGAUAAUUUAUAUAACAAAUUAAUGAGUAAAAAGCCUAAUAAGAGUUUAGAAGAAUCAAUAAAACAAAGGGACAAACUUCUUGAAUAUGAUCAAAGUGGAUUACAAUGUACAAAAGUAAUUGAUGAUGAAUGUGACUAUUAUCAAUCAAAUAAUAUUUGGUUGGAUUCCAAGCAACGUGAAAAAUUAAAAAAGUCGGAAGAAGAAAUGCAUGCAAAAAGGCAUACGUCACGUUUAAAUAAGAAGGUAGCAUUUGAUUUCAUGGCCAGAGAAGUAGUUGAAGAAGAUGCAGUUGAUAAUUACAAUGAAUUUGAUGAAGAACAAAUUCAAGCUAUUUCUGAUUCAUUCGGUGAUGUUAAUAGUUCUAAUAUCUGUCCAAAUAUAGAGUUCGAUUGUCCAAUGUACAUUGAGUUGGAUGAACCUGAACCACGAGCACCAAAAAGAAACAUUCCUUCUAGGAUUAGAGAUAUUGUUCAGGAUAAAGAAUUUCUGGAAAUGUCGGAUUCUGGUUUGUGUUUGAGCAUGCAUCAGCCAUACGCAUCCUUGUUAGUAGCUGGAAUAAAAACUCAUGAAGGUCGAACAUGGUACACAUCCCAUAGGGGAAGAUUAUGGAUUGCUUCAACAUCUAAACAAUCAACUAUGGAAGACAUUUCAAACAUAGAACAAUGUUAUCGUGUUUUAAAAGAUGAAAGAAUCAUCUUUCCUGAGAGUUACCCAACCAGCAGUUUACUGGGUUGUGUAACAGUUGUUGAUGUUUUACCUCAAGAAGAAUACAGAAAAUCUUAUCCUGAGGGAGAGAAUGAUAGUCCCUAUGUUUUUAUUUGUGAAAAUCCUUGCGUACUACCAAUUAAAUUUCCGAUACAAGGAAAGCAUAAAAUUUAUAAAUUGGACGAGAAAAUUCAUCAUGCUGCUCUUAAGUUGUUAGAAAAACAUACAAAAAUAGCCCUUAGAACAAGGAUGAGUAUCAGGACACAGCAAGAUACACCCAUUCUUGCCUUAGAAGAUGCCUAUUCAUUUCACACUAUUCUCUUUACCAUUUUACGUGCGAUUAAUGAAAAAAUAUUAGCAGUUUUCUUUUAUUUCAUUUUAAAAUAUCAGACUUUUAUAAAUAGUAAAAGUAGAUUUUGAUAAAGUCAUUUUUACAUCAAAACAGUCUGUACACUUCAAGUACAAAGAGUACAUUUUCAAUCCAAAUAUAUCGUUAUAAAGUUUAUUGUUCUUAGUAAUUUUGAGAUUAACAUUAGUGUUUUAAAAGUCAAAAUAAAGAAUUUCUUUCACGAACCUACGGUUUUUCAUAAAUGUCUACGAUUAAAAAUUGUAAUGAGCAAAUUACAAAUAAAUGUUUAAAAUCCUAUAACACCUAUGAUAUUAUUUACAGUAUACUCAAAAUUCCAAGUACGUAUAUAUUUGUCCUUUUUUAACGAUUUUAAAGGAGUAAAAAUAUCAAAACCAAACUUUCACUUAUAAAUUAAUUCAAAGCUAAAUAAAGCUAUAAUCUAUUACAUGCAAUAAAGGGAUAUUCAUUUAUCGUAAAUAUAUCGGUAAUGAAGACAUCAUAAUAUGUUUAAAUUGUUUAAGAUUGAAAUCAGAUUUGAAAAUGGUAUAUGUAUGGAUAUUAAUUGAUGAAUUGAUGUAUUAGGAAUGUAUAAAUAAAUACCAAACUAUGUAUUUUAUAUAGACUUCAAUGUACGAUUAAUGACCAUCUGUUGUAAUAUUUAAACUGAAUAUUCAAGACAUAUUAACAGAACAUAAAGACUCGGAUCAGAUCUUUAUUGAUUAAAAUACUGUGCAAUCUACCUAGUACUGUGUAAUUUACAUUUGUUUUCUAUAGGUAUGCAAGUACCAAUUCUACAGUCAUAUUGUCUGGUCAACAAAAAAUGAUUAAAACAAUAAAUACAAGUGAAUUGUA